GCUGCACUGCAUAUGUACACAUUUGUUUUUCUAUUUGAAGAUCAAUAGUCCGAAAGUUACGGUAUUAUUUCCAGUAUAAUGUGUGAUGAUGAUGUGGUUCCACAAACAACAGCACGUUGUGAGCAGGAGAACUGGCCUCAUGUAUAAAACUGUUCUUAGAUUUACACUCAGUCUUAAGGUGAGUGUAAAGUUCUCGGUGUGUGUUUUUCACAUCUGUCCAGGUGUUGAGGAACGUGGCGUCUCUCCUGUCGGCAGAGCUGAGGUUCGCGACUCUCUUCAUGGCCAUUAUCUGGUUCUGCAUGGCCUUCAGUUAUUAUGGUCUGUCAGUUUGGUUCCCCGACAUGAUCAAACACCUGCAGUACGAAGAAUACGAGUCCAAGGUGAAGGUGUUCCACAGAGAACGAGUGGAGAACUUCCACUUCAACUUCUCUCUGGAGAACCAGAUCCAUAAAGAAGGAGAAUACAUCCGGGACAUGUUCGUCAGUAUAGAGAUGAAGUCAGUGACGUUUGAGGACUCUCUGUUUGAAGACUGUCACUUUAAGGACGUCAAGUUCACAGACACAGUGUUUGACAACUGCACCAUCCGCUCCACCGUCUUCUACAACACAGACCUGUGGGAGGAGAAGUUCGUCAACUGUAAGAUGGAGAACGUCACCUUCGAGCACAACAAGCGCGGCUGCCACCUGGACACCACGGAGGAGAACGACGUGCUCAUCUACCUGGUCAGCUUCCUGGGCAGCCUGGCGGUGCUGCCGGGAAACAUCAUCUCAGCGCUGUUCAUGGAGAAGAUCGGCAGGGUCAAGAUCAUAGGUGGCUCCAUGCUCAUCUCAGCAGGCUGCACCUUCUUCCUGUUCCUGAGCUUCAGCCAGUCGGCCAUCAUCGCCCUGCAGUGUCUGUUCUGUGGCGUCAGCGUGGCGGCGUGGAACGGCAUCGAGGUGGUGACGGUGGAGCUGUACCCCGCCUCAAAGAGGGCGACGGCGUUCGGCGUGCUCAACGCUCUGUGUAAGCUGGCCGCCGUCCUCGGCAGCUCCAUCUUCGCCAGCUUCGUGGGCAUCACCAAAGCCGUGCCCAUCCUGCUGUCCUUCGCCGCUCUGGUGUGCGGCGGCCUGGUGGCGCUCAAACUGCCCGACACGCGACAGAAGAUCCUGCAGUGA